AUGGACGGCCUGGGUUCACUGGAUUUGCCCUCGUUGAGCAGUGAUGACGAGACAGCCUCUGAACCUGACAUUGGCAUCUUUCAACGAGGUGGAGACUGGGACUGGAAGGACGCUUUGGCACCAUCCAGUUCCCGUGCGACCUCAAUCCGCGCCCUUUCACCGACUCACUCACUGAGUGAGGUGGGGUCCAUCGCUGGUGCUGACACGCAACAAUCCAAUUCCCAUAAACGCCAGGUCGAUGCAGCCGAUAGCCCUCGCAUAGCCAGCCCCAACACCGCUGCGGGCAUAGCGCCGGAUCGUUUCCUGGGUCCAGAUCCAAGCGAGGUCGACGCAGAUCUCAAUGCUUUUCUUGGACCACGUCCCGACCCAGCUGCUCUUGCCCUGGCGUCCCAAGUGGCUGCCGAGCACCAACCAGUUCCAGGCCUUGGUGCGCUGCGGCUGGAGCUGCCUGACAUGAGUGGUCUUGCUUCUUUCACGGUUCCGUCCACCGCGCCAAUCAGGCCCAGUUGCACCCCAGUGUCAGCCGCGUCGUCACCAGGGCCAGCAAAGGCGUGCGUGCAGCAAGGUGGCCAUGGUUUUGCAGCCCGAUCCUCAAGGCAAAUCACCACGGCUGGCCAUGAUCGGCAUCGCGAGCCCAGUCGCACAAUGCGGGCUCGCAUGCUAUUGACCCCCAAUGCCCAGCAGGCGAUGGGGCAUCAUGGCCCGGGUGAGGGUGCACAGGCCACUGCUCAAAGCGAUACAGAUGAGGAUGACGACGAGGAUGACGAUGAUGAUGAUGAUGACGACCUUUUGCUCCAAGCACGGCGGCAGCUGCGUGGCCGCGUAGCUGGUCCCAUCACGGCACAGCAAGCUCGCGGACGUACCUCUUCAUCGACGCGUGCCUUACACAACCCGUUGGGCGACGAAGAUGCAAAAAUGAGGCAGGAACCCUUGGGCAACGGGGUGGCCUCAAACCCAAGCCCGAGCACACACCGCGAUCGUCACGUGCACUUUAAUCCUUCUCUACAUUUCUUCUCCUUGGAAACUGCCGAGGCGAGCGCGCGAUUGACGCGCACGCCUCACUCUCGCCCCACUGUGGUACGAAUGCGUCGUGCCAGUCGAACGCUGCCCUCUUCCGACGCACACCCCCAAGUGGAAUCAGAAAGCCCUGGCAUAGCACACAGGCCGCCAGAUGAUGGGCUCGACGUUGCUGCCACCGAGACUGCGUCCGCCACAAAUGUCGUGGCUACCUCGGGUGCCACAGCGUCCGAGAAUGUCGUGAGCGAAGGUGACACGGCCAAUUCCGGCUCCACUCUAGCCGAGCCCACCGACAAGAGCAAGGCCCUGCGGCUUCUGCUACAGACUACUAGUGAUCCCGAAACAGCCGCGCUGCCCAAAGGCUUGCCACGCAGAGAGCGCGCGAGCGAUUUCACUCAAAGGGCGUUGCAGCGUCUUGAUCAGCGUCGUGGCUGUGGACUCAGCUUGCACCAGUCCAACAUUACCCUCACGCAGCCAGAUUUUGGCCUAGUUUACCCGCUAGCCAGUGCCGACUUGGACCGUUGUGCCGACCACCGCUUUCGCCUUGACUUGACGGGCUUGUCGCUUUCUUGCAUUGGGGCUAUCAUUGUGCCGCUGACCAUGCUUUUGCACAACGAGGCGCUGCAGCUUACAGCGCUUCAAGUCUGUCGGGCACCCAGUAGCCGUAUUUAUUUGACCUUUCUAUUGCGAUCUGAUCAGUCCUUGGAAGUCACCACGGAGCGCCUGCGGCAUCGGCUUCAGCAGGCCUCUUACGGAAGUCGCUUAGGUGCCCAAGAGGAAGUGAUUGCCGCCGCCGUUGAUGGCGUGACUGCAACCCCUUCAGAAGCUUGGGCGAGCUUUUCCCACGCCUGUGAUGCACGCAUAGCCCCAAACAACAAUGGCUCCAACCUGCAGCACGAUGUGGCUCUGCUCGAAGCUCAGUGUGAGCCAGCCUUGCUCGCUGAAUGCCUGACCGUCCUUGAGGCCCAUAGCGCUGCGUUAUUUGGCUGCCGCCUGGUCUACCGGAGCGAGGUGCCCUGGUUAGCCCUGGCCGUCUACGGCAAUGGCGUGGUGGAGCGUCUGACGAAUUCUGUUGGUCCAGCAGAUCUGGCUGUCGCGGCAGCAACUGCUCCUGGCAUCGGUAUUGCGACCGCGGGAUACGUGCGCUUGAGCAAGGAAUUGGCAGCAAGUCUCCUGCCUGAAGCAACGCCCCGUUCCAUCUUCCUGGUGUCGUGCCAGGGUUUGGGUUUGUGGCAGCGGCGGACAGCGCUUCGCCAGCGGUUGCGAGACGCUACCUUGGCAAAUGUCGUGCUUAGCCUCCGCUUCGUGGUGGGAGACAACGUCGAAGGAGCAAGCAUUCCACGUCGGGUGCUGGAUGAACAUGAGCUUGCUGUUGUGCUUCAAGCGCAGCUGGCAGAGAUUCCACACGCACCACCUCAAUCGGGGCGCCUCAGCAGUGCCUUUGAGCAACUUGACGCUCUACUUCCAGUGGUCGCCGUUGCCACGCUGGUGGAUUCCACACCUGACGUGAUGGCAGCCGCACUUGACGAACUGCAUGCCUUGCCCAAGUUCCACCUCAUGGGUUUCAAGCGCGUGUGUCAGGUCGAGUCUCUGCACACGGUGACGCUAGACGAGACGUUGCAACGCAUGCUGGUUGCAGCGGAUGAGGACGGGUUUGCAGAGAUGGAUAGCACAGCCUUUGGCGCAGGUAGCGCGGUCGUAGUCGCUUUGAUUGGGGGCAACAACGCCGUGCAGCGCCUUCAUGCCUUGCGUACGGAGCUUCAAGCACGAGGCCACAUUGGCAUUGCCGUGAGCUCUUCAUUUGAGGCCGCACAGGAGCUGGUUUGGACACUGCGACAACACCUGUCGACCGUCGAUGCGUUGGGCAUGGGCUCCUUGCGCCGCUCAACCCGUGUCUCGAGUUCGCCGCUGGACAAGUUGCAGGAGCUGCUAUUACUUCAGGUGGCUCCCGGAGCUGUCGGGCGUGCUGUGCAGCUCGCUCGUAAGGAGGAUUAUGUGCUUGUUGGCGUCCAAAGCGUCGAAUCGGAUGGCGCCGUGGCCUUGGCGUUCGAGCGCGCGAAUGCCGUCACCUGCGCACAACAGCAUUUCGCGCCUUCGUGGCUGCAGGAGGUAGCGCCCACGCUUGGAGUAGCUGAGAAUCUGCGCCAGAUUGAAGGCCAAUUUGGGGUUUUGUUCCAUGGCGCUCACUGGCAAAUUACCCGCUCACUCAUUUCAUAAAUAAUUUUAAUUGACUGCUUUGGCACAAUGAAC